ACGUCGUCCGCUCCUCACCCUCACGUCGUCCGCUCCUCACCCUCACAUCGGCCACCGUCCCCGGACAACGACGGCGACUUCUGCGUGACCUCAGACGAGGAGCCUUCACACCUGAUGGCCCAGUACGAGAACAUGCCCCCGAUCCCUUCUCCUCCUCCUCUUCCACCGCUGCUGUGUCCGACCGAGGAGCCACGGAGCAGAUCUUCAUCGUCCUCGUCCUCCUCCUCAGCCGCAUACUUGGAAGAGAAAGUCACGGACAGAGAGGAGAAGGUGGAGGAGAAGGUGGAGUGGGAGAGGAGAUCUGCAGGAGUGGACGAGGUGGAUGUAAGGAGCUUAUCACGCAGGUCCUCCUCUUCCUCCUCCUCAUCCUCCUCCUCAUCAUCCAAAAGCUCAGAGAAUGAAGGGGACACAACGGUCACACUGUUUGUCAAGGCUGGCAGUGAUGGAGAGAGCAUUGGAAACUGUCCGUUCUCUCAGCGACUCUUCAUGAUCCUGUGGCUCAAAGGCGUCGUCUUUAAUGUCACCACCGUCGACCUGAAGAGGAAACCAGCCGACCUUCACAACCUGGCUCCAGGGACACACCCGCCCUUCCUCACCUUCCAGGGUGAGGUUCUCACCGACGUCAACAAGAUCGAGGAGCACCUGGAGGCCAGGCUGGCUCCACCCAAGUAUCCCAAACUGGCACCAAAGAACCGUGAGUCCAACACAGCGGGGAACGACGUGUUUGCCAAGUUCUCCGCUUACGUCAAAAACACCAGAGCAGAUAAACACAGAGAUCUAGAAAAGAGUCUCAACAAGGCUUUGGCGAAACUGGACGAGUAUCUGAUGAGUCCACUUCCUGAGGAGGAGCAGGACGGACGCCACCGCGGCAAAGAAGAGUCUGCUCGCAGAUAUCUGGAUGGAGACGAGCUGACGCUGUCCGACUGUAACCUGCUCCCCAAACUCCACGUUUUCAAGGUGGUGGCGAAGAAGUACCGAAACUACGACAUCCCGUCUGAAUUCAGAGGGGUGUGGCGUUACCUUGGCAACGCCUACAAUAGAGACGAGUUCACCAACACGUGUGCAGCAGAUGCGGAAAUUGAGCUCGCAUACAAGGACGUGGCCAAGAGGCUGGGGAAGUGACCGCAGCGCGACCGCGACGUCUGUCGUCAAAUCUGUUUCUUUACAGAAAAUAUACUAAACUAAAUUUACUAUCAAACUUUUCCACAGAAUGUUUACUUUAAAAAAUAAAAGAAUGACAUGAAAUAUGUAUCCAAACGUAACGCGACGUCUCUGCUUGUGACAAACUAACACAGGACGUUUGUCGGUUGUUCUCUGUUGCCGACAGUUCUCAAAAAAUAUUGUUAAUUUUACUCAAUCUUGGUCACUAAACAUUAGCAUAAACAUUUUCUGUCUUAAAAGAAAUUUAAAAAAUGCUAACUUCAAUGAUAGCAUGUGGGCUAACUAGCACUACCAAUGCCAAGCUGCGCUAACUAAACACAAAUAAGAUAUCAAGAAAACAUAAGCAGCCACGGCGGCUAAAUUUCUGACCCAACACAUUCAUAGUCAGAUUUUAGCCUAGCAUUAGCAGCGUUGAUAAGCUAACCUAAGACAAAAUAAUAAUAAUAAAAAAAACAAGAACUCACGGCAGCCAUUUUGUGAUGUUUUAGCAGUAAGAACACAAUGUAUCUACUUUUAAUUUGAAUUCUCAAUCUUGGUAAGCCACAGUCAGGAGCUAAAUGUUAGCAUAAACGUUUAGCUAAGAAAAGGUUACAGCAACCUUUCAUUUUCUGUCAUAAAAAAUACGUGAUCAAACAUGCUAACCUAGUAAAAAAAAAAAGUGUGUUUAUCUACUUUAAUGUUAGUAUGUAAUAGCUAACUAGUACUACCCAUGCCAAGCUACGCUGCCUAAACACACAGGACAUUGAAAACAAAUUCAAAACAAACAUUUAGCUAGGUUUUCACUAAUUUAGCAUACAUUUAGCUAGGCUCAUUUAGCAUUCACAACUCACCAACAGAGCCCUGGAGACUCAUGAGUUUAGCCUAGCAUUAGCAGUGUUGCUAAGCUAACCUGCAACAAGAUACAAAACAAACUAAAUUUACCACACGUCGUAUUGAAGCUAACGUUAGCCAGACAUGAUAGUUAGCUCCUUCCUGAGUGAGUCAGCAUGUUAGCAUAGCCACUGUUAGCUGGAUUAUUUACACCUGUGCUUCAUCUUUAUAAAAUGGCCGCUGUGAGAAAAAAAAGCUUUUUAUUUUGUUAAUGUGAGAAAGAGAAGUAAAUUAAAAGAAUACUUAUUA